AAAUAUUAUCCCCAGUGUUUUCUGUUAUUUAUUUAUUUUUUAAGUAAAACACGUUUCACUUAAUUUUUGGCGCAUGCAGAAACGAACGAUUAUCCAUGCUGGGCUAGGACUCCAAUGGCAGAGGUCUUCUCGCCCUGACCGAUCUGGCCCACCUGAGAGGCUCGGAUCAGGGGCCUUCUACCUGUUGCCGGGUUGUAAGCGAUGGCCGAAAGCCGACGGGUAAUGAGAGCGAGCGAGAAAGGAGACAACAUAGGCCGCUCUUACCUGUUAGAGGGUGUGGCCUAAAGCCGGCCACCAACCGAUCUCCGCCGGGCCAGAAUGAGACGGCCCUAUGGCCCGGAAAGAGUUGCACUGACUAGUAAGCCAGGCCAGGCCGGGCCGGCCAUCACGUCCGAGCAACAACAACACCAUGUUGGCCAAAGACGAGAAAUAGAGGAACCGAAAGCGCGGCUUGUGAUGGUUGAAAAAAUUAGCACCGAUCGUCGAUCAUUAGCUCGGGAACGGUGGCAACGCAAACACACGCUCGGCGGCUUCGCACAACUCCGAACUCGACUCGAAAAAAAGUCAGACACCGAAUCGGGAAAUAUAUAUAUCGAACUGAAACCAAAAAAAAAUUAACUAAUAAUAACGCACGCGGUUCUUCCUGUCAUCUGAUUUAUUCAACAUAGAUUCGUGACUACGUGGCAUUAACAUAGCCCUCGAAAACUUGGUGAUUUUGAAAAGAAAGUGCCCAAAAGUGUUUGAUUUUUUAGGAUUUUCAAACUCAUUUCAAUUGGCAUCAGAUUCUACAUCCAUUUUAUCAGAUUCCUUAUAUCUGGAUUAUAACGAGAACGCCGAUUUACGGCGGGGAGAAGUUUUCAAAAUAUCUAUACUAGCUGACAUGACCACAUCGCACAUCUUGUCCGCCGUGGAUCCCACAACCGGACUCAGUGGCAAUGUGACGACGAACGGCGGCGGAGGUGGUGGUGGCUCUGGCGGGAGUGGAUCUCCGCAGCAUAUAAGCCACAAUGGCCACGGACAUGCUCAUAAUCAUGGACUGGGAGGAGUCGUGGCAGUGGCCGCCGGGGGAUCCACUGGCAAUGGUGGUCACCGUGUGGUCGGUGGAGCCGGAAGCCCCAAUGAAUUGGAUCGCAACCUGCGCGUCUCCCUGGACGACAGGGAGCUGUGGCUGCGAUUCCAGAAUCUCACCAACGAGAUGAUCGUCACCAAGAACGGCAGGCGCAUGUUUCCCGUGGUUAAGAUCAGCGCCUCCGGACUGGAUCCCGCUGCCAUGUACACCGUACUGCUGGAGUUCGUCCAGGUGGACACACAUCGAUGGAAAUACGUCAACGGCGAAUGGGUCCCUGGAGGCAAAGCCGAGGUUCCGCCCUCAAAUCCCAUCUACGUACAUCCCGAGUCUCCCAAUUUCGGAGCCCACUGGAUGAAGGAGCCCAUUUCCUUUGCCAAAGUGAAGCUGACCAACAAAACCAACGGAAAUGGACAGAUAAUGCUGAACUCCUUGCACAAAUACGAGCCACGAGUGCAUUUGGUUCGAGUGGGAUCCGAGCAGCGUCACGUUGUGACUUAUCCGUUUCCAGAAACCCAGUUCAUCGCGGUGACUGCCUACCAGAACGAGGAGGUGACCUCGCUCAAAAUCAAGUAUAAUCCUUUUGCCAAGGCCUUCCUGGACGCCAAGGAGCGCCCGGACACUCUGUAUCCACACGACACACACUACGGAUGGCUAAUCCCACCGCCCACUCACUACGCCUCGGCUGCAGCAGCUGCCGCAGUGGCUGCUCCACCACCUCCGCUGCCAAUCGCACAGAGCCAUGGCUUAGUGGCACCUUGUCCCAGUGUGUCGUCCACAUCUUCAGGGCUUUCCUCCGUGGGAGGCACCUGCGACCGCUACGGGCGAUCGCUCUCCGGCAGGAGCUCAGUGCCCACUCGGUCCACUCCUUACAGCCGACCACGGGUUGUUUCCGGUUCCGGAUCCAAUGGCAGUGCUGGCAACGGAUCCUCCACAUCGCCCCAGCCACCGUCGGCUCCGCAAACGCCCACCAGCCUCCAAUCCACCUCGACGGGAUCGGCUUCCGGUUCGGUGAGCACCAGCGUUGGCAGCAGCUCGGGCGGAGUGGGAUCCGCAGCCGGAGCUGGGUGCUUCAGCAGUUCCUAUUCCCAAUCUGGCUUCAUGCCGGUGGAGGCCAGUCCCACGGCCUCAGUGUUCUCGUAUCCCAGCAGCUGGCAGAGCAAUGGGAAUUAUUGGAACGCUACCAGCGUGCCAGGACCCAUGCCCAUGAAUGUGUGCAGUAGCCGUAAUAUCUCCACCCACAACUCGCCGUCACCGACGAACGGAUCCCCCAGCUAUACAACCUCGUCGCCCAGCUACACCAUCCACCACCUGACGCCACACAGCCACCAAUACAAUAUGGCCCAGACGGACAUCUACGGAACGGGAGUGGGCGUGGGAGUCGGUACAGGUGCUGGCGCCUCGGGAUCACCGCAAGCGACGUACGGAGCCACACACCAGGUGUACCACCCCACGCCCACAUCACCCUCCCACCAGCUAUACACCAAUGCGGUAUUGAACGCGCCCACGGCCCUCAGCUAUCCGGCCAGUGGAUGGCACAACGGCUCCGGGGCCGAGUAUGGACUCUACCAGAAUGCCGCUGCGGCAUACUACCAGCCGGAGUACAUUCCACUGGAAAUCGGUUACGCCGCCCAUCCGCUGGAGCCCGUGGACGUGUCCAAGACGCUGGACGACCCCCAGGCUGCCAUGUACAAGCCGAGCGACGAGCAGGGCUCCGUAAUCACCCUGGAGUGUGCCGGAUCCAGCCUGAAGAGUUCCCACAACGACAUCAAGCUGGAGACCGUGGAGCGAGGCACUGUUUCCGGAGCCGUUCCCACUGCCGUGGUUAGUGCCACGGCGGCAGUAAGCGCCGACACCUGGACGCCCCUCACCCCGCCCCAGAGCACGCUGCAGUAAGGGAUUUGGAUCAGGAAUUGAGCGGAAGAUGCAGCACAGACCCCAGCCUUUAGACGCAUGACCCCCUGGAUGUUCGAUCAAGUUAGAUUUAAUUGUUUUAUUUUAGUGAAGCUAUAUCGAUAAUGCACAACAGAACGCUCCAAUUGUAGAAAUAUAUAUAUUUUAACAAAUAUACGCUAUAAAUAGAA